AUGAAGGCAACCUUUGCAGCCGUUUGCUUCCUAGCUACAGUGGUGUGCACUAUUGCGGUGCUGCCUGAGAAUAUCUGCAGAGCACCACAUGCUGAGCCAUCCUGCGCCCCUGGUGAACCGAUUAAAUUGAUAUUCUACUUUAACCACCGCACCGACCAAUGCGAGAAAUACACUGGAUGUGGAGCGGGUCGCAAUGACUUUGGGUCCAGACGUUCCUGCAUGGAGGCCUGUCCUUACGGUAAACACAAGCCAAACUCCCCCAAGCCCUGAAAGUCUACUCGCCAAUGAUUCGGGAAUCCGAAACUGCGCCAUCGCUGACUCAGGAGAACAUCUUUGAUAUAGCGGCUGGAACACC